AUCCUUUUCGGAGAAAGAGUGGCCACUAGUUAUCUGGUGGUUGCUGUAGUAUUUAGCAGGGCAAUUUGGACUUGUAAUCCUAUCUGUCAAGUUUAACUUAUGAAGGGUCGUCAAGAACCUGAUAAAUGAUAACAUUGAUAAUAUCGUCCAUCAAAUAGCUAUAUAUUUAUAUUGAAUAUCCACAGUAUUUUAUACUUUCGUAUCUGGUUUUUUCCAGAAGAUUGGAAUCACGUUGGAGAAGAAAGGAAGAAGUCUGAUGGUUUGAAUAAUGGAUUGGGGAAGAGAUGAUGGAAAGGGAAGUUUUUGAGAAGUGGGUUUCUCUCGUGGAUGAGAGAACGUUCAAUCAUAUUGUCUCGAGAUUCUCUAAGUCUACUACAUGAUAGUCAGGUUAGGAUUUCUGGUUGCUGCUUCUGUUGCAGCUUAUGCAGUUAAGCAUAAUGCCAACAGUUCGCGGUCAACUUCUGGCUCCUUAGCAAAUCCACCAGGUGCUUACUCUUUUCUGGCUUCAUUUUAUUUGACUUCAAUUUUGGUCUUCAAUUUUGAAUUGUUGUUUUCCCCGGAAGAAGAAGAAGAAGAGGAGGAAAAAGAAGAAGUCAAGCUAAUUAACAGUAUAAUAAAUUCAACACGAAGUACUGCAUUCGACAUUGACGACGAUGAUGAAAUUCUACCAGAAUUUGAAAGCCUUUUAUCUGGUGAGAUUAAUUUUCCAUUCCCAGAUGAGAAGUAUGACCCAGAGAAACAAAGAGUAUACGAAAUCGAGAUGGAAAAUAAUGCUAGCGAACUGGAACGGUUGCGAAAUCUAGUAAGGGAACUGGAAGAGCGAGAAGUGAAGCUAGAAGGUGAAUUACUGGAAUAUUAUGGCCUGAAAGAACAGGAAUCUGACGUUGCUGAGCUCCAAAAGCAACUCAAGAUUAAGGCAGUAGAAAUCGAAAUGCUGAACAUAACAAUAAAUUCCCUGCAAGCCGAGAGGAUAAAACUUCAGGAAGAGGUCUCACAUGGAGCUUCAGCUAGGAAAGAGCUGGAGACGGCUAGAAACAAGAUAAAAGAGUUGCAGAGGCAGAUUCAGCUCGAGGCUAAUCAAACGAAAGGGCAGCUAUUGCUUUUAAAACAGCAUGUUAGCGGCCUCCAAGCAAAGGAGGAGGAAGCUUUCAAGAGGGAUACUGAUGUUGACAAAAAGCUUAAAGCUUUAAAGGAAUUAGAGGUUGAAGUUGUCGAGCUUAAAAGGAAAAGCAGAGAGCUUCAACACGAAAAGAGAGAAUUGGCUAUCAAGCUGGAUGCUGCCGAGGCUAGAAUUGCAACCCUCUCUAAUAUAACCGAGACUGAGAUGGUUGCAAAGGUAAGAGAAGAUGUUAACAAUUUGAGGCAUGAAAAGGAAGAUCUUUUAAAACAAGUUGAAGGGCUUCAAAUGAACAGAUUCAGUGAGGUAGAGGAGCUAGUCUACCUUAGAUGGGUCAAUGCAUGUUUAAGAUUUGAACUGCGUAACUACCAGACACCAUCUGGGAAAAUAUCUGCUCGUGAUCUAAACAAGAGUUUGAGCCCGAAAUCUCAAGAAAGAGCUAAACGCCUCAUGUUAGAGUAUGCAGGAUCGGAGCGUGGACAAGGUGACACAGAUUUGGAGAGCAAUUUCUCUCACCCGUCUUCUCCAGGAAGUGAGGAUUUCGAUAACGUCUCGAUAGACAGUUCCACAAGUAAAUAUAGUACUUUAAGCAAAAAGACAAGCUUGAUUCAGAAGUUCAAGAAGUGGGGCAAAAGCAAAGACGAUACAAGCCUUCUUUCUUCGCCUGCUAGAUCGUUCGGAGGAAGCUCCCCAAGCAGGGGUAGCAUGAGCAUGAAACCGAGGGGGGCAUUAGAAUCGUUGAUGUUAAGAAACGCCAGCGAAAGCAUGGGAAUCACUUCGUUUGGAAUGGGUGAUCAGGAUCUUCAAUCACCCGACACCCCAAAAAAUCCUCCUGGUGAAUCGCUAAACGGAGUGGCGUCGUCUUUUCACCUGAUGUCGAAGUCGGUUGAAGGCGUUCUAGAAGAGAAAUAUCCAGCGUUCAAAGACCGCCAUAAGUUAGCCGUUGAAAGGGAGAAGAAUAUCAAGGAAAAAGCUGACAUGGCUAGAGCGGUUCGUUUUGGCGACAGUUCGAGACUGAAUCCUGGAUUCGAGCCGAGAGACAAACCCAUCAGUCUACCGCCUAAGCUUUCUUCAAUAAAGGAGAAACCGCUCAUAUCGAGUGUAUCGGGUGUUGGUGACCCGACAAACGAUGGCAAGGCGGGUGGGCUACCCUCCUCUCAAGCAGUGAGCAAGAUGCAAUUUGCUCACAUCGAGAAGAGAGCUCCUCGAGUGGCCCGCCCACCUCCUAAACAAUCAGGAGGCGGUUCAGUCAGUGCAACCAUUGCUCCUCCAUUUGGUGGGAUACCGCCUCCUCCAGGGGGCCCCCCUCCACCUCCUCCACCGCCUGGUGGCGCGCGUGGACCUCCCAGGCCACCUCCGCCACCUGGAAGCUUACCUAGAGGAGGUGGAGAUAAAGUUCACCGAGCUCCCGAGCUCGUUGAAUUUUACCAGUCGUUGAUGAAACGUGAAGCAAAGAAGGACACAACGUCGGUAGCAUCGUCUACUGUGAGCGCGUCAGAUGCCAGGAGCAAUAUGAUUGGGGAAAUUGAAAACCGAUCCACUUUCCUCCUUGCUGUGAAAGCGGACGUGGAGACUCAAGGUGACUUCGUGCAGUCUCUGGCUACUGAAGUCCGAGCAGCUUCUUUUACAGGGAUUGGUGAUCUGGUUGCGUUUGUGAACUGGCUGGAUGAAGAACUUUCUUUCUUGGUUGACGAGAGAGCGGUUCUGAAACACUUCGAUUGGCCAGAAGGCAAAGCAGAUGCAUUGAGAGAGGCAGCUUUUGAAUACCAGGACUUGAUGAAGCUAGAGAAACAAGUAUCCUCUUUUGAUGAUGAUCCUAAACUCUCUUGUGAUGCUGCUCUCAAGAAGAUGUACAAAUUAUUGGAGAAAGUGGAACAAAGCGUGUAUGCACUCCUGCGUACACGUGAUAUGGCUGUUUCGCGUUACAGAGAAUUCGGAAUCCCAACCGAUUGGCUAUUGGAUUCUGGAGUUGUAGGAAAGAUCAAGCUAUCGUCUGUGCAAUUGGCAAAGAAGUACAUGAAACGAGUGGCUGGAGAGCUGGAUUCGGCGAGUGGACCUGAGAAAGAACCCAACAGAGAGUUUUUGGUUCUUCAAGGAGUUCGUUUUGCUUUCCGUGUUCAUCAGUUUGCAGGAGGCUUUGAUGCUGAAAGCAUGAAGGCUUUCGAAGAGCUUAGGAGUCGAGUCCACUCCUCACAAACAGAAACAGCUGAAGAAGAUGACGACGAUGAUGGUAAAUUGGAGGAUUAAGUUAUAUUUAUUUUUUCUCCUUUCAUCCCCCUUUCUCUUGUUUGCUUAUAAUUGUAUGUAUUUUUUUUUUUUAUAUCAUAGUUUAUUAUUUAGAUGGGAAUUAUUGUUGUAUUGAAUCUCUUACAAACAUACAAUACAAUUACUAUUUUUCACU